AUGUCCGCCGUUGGAAAAGCACCACCCAAGGUGGGAUCGAAGACCGGCUCCCCCGCCAAGCUGCGCAAAGGCUCUGGCUCCAGCGCCGCCUCCAAGCCCAGCGUCUCAGAAACCCCAACAAAGUCCAGCAAGAAGACUCCCGCCACGAAGCUCACUCCGAAGGCCCCCGAGCCCAUCCAAGAUGAUGACGACAUUUCAGUUCCCGAGACCCCCUCCCCCAAGUCCCAGAAGAAGAGCCUUUCUUCCGAACAACGCCGCCCUAUUUCUCCACCCGGUGAUGCAGUCUCGCAGGCUUCGGGGUCUGCCACUCCUCUGGGUGGUAUGACCAAGAAGGCCAAAGGUGCUGCUGGAAAGGCGAAGGAUACCGGCUCAAAAGGUGGAGAGACUAUUACCAAUAACGUUCCGCUCGAUCUGUCUGCUCUGAAGGGUCUUUCUAUUGCCGAUGGCGGUCAGGUUCUGGGACAAGACGGUAACCCUCUGGGCAAGGUCAUUGAGGGAGACCCCGAGGAUCUGGUUGGUCAGACCAUCGGUGAUGAUGGCGAGAUCCUUGACGAGGAUGGUGAUAUGAUCGGCCGUGUGGACAUCCUCCACGAUGUUGCAGAUCAGGCAAAGGACAUCCCCAACGAUGCCGAGUCCAAGCUUGACGAAGCGAAGAACGUUGUCACCGACCUUGCCCAACUCGAGGGUCUUCCUGUGUCUGAUGGCGGCGUAAUCAAGAACUCUGCUGAUCAGGUGGUCGGAAAGAUCGUUGAGGGCGAUCCUGAAGACCUCAUUGGAUAUACUCUGAAUGACGAUGGCGAAGUUGUUGAUGAUGAGGGCGAUGCGAUUGGUCGCGUCGAGCUGCUCCCUGUCGAAGAGCAGGAGAAGAACAUCCAGGAAGCUGCCGGUAAUGUCACUGAGCAGGUGAAUGGUGCCAAGGGGGAAGCUGAGGAGGACUUUGAAGAUGCCGAGGACGGCCUUCCUACCGAUCAGGCUAAGGAAGCCGUUGAUGAUACCGCCGAUCAGGCUGAAGAUGCCGUCGACGAGGCUGGCGACGCGGUACCCGAUGUCGAUGAGGCCAAGGAUACUGCCGAAGGGGCCCUUGAUGAGCCUAAAGAAACUGCCGAGGAUGUCGCUGAUGAGGCGCAAGGUGCCGCUGAAGAUGUCGAAGAGGGCGUCCGCAUCCCCGACCUCGACACCCUUGAAGGUCUCACAUGCAACAAGCGCGGCUAUAUUAUCGAUCAGACCACUGACAAACCCAUUGGCGAGCUCAUCGAAGGCGAUCCCAAGAAGAUUUCCCGACUCAAGGCAACCCUUGAUGACAAGGGUCAAUUCUGGGAUAAUCGUGGCAACGUCAUUGGCAAGGUCAAGGCCCUCCCCGUCGAAGAAGACAAGGAUGAGGAGGGACCCUUCGCCGGUUAUGAGGGUCUCGUCGUCGGUCAGGAUGGCUGGAUCGUGGAUGAGAACCAAAACCGUGUUGGUAAGCUUGUUGAAGGUGACGCCAAGAAGCUGUCUGGUCGUGGUGUCGAUGAGGACGGCGAGAUCCUUGAUCGUCAUGGCAGUGUCAUUGGUCGCGCUGAGCGCUACGAUGAACCCGAGCCUGAAGAGGAAGCUGCUCCCGAUGUCUCUGUGUUGAACGGCAUGCACUGCAACAAGGCCGGAUACGUGAUCGGCGACGAAGGCUUCCCCAUUGCCCGCGUCGUUGAGGGUAACCCCAAGCAGAUUGCUGGCAAGAAGAUCGAGGAUGGCGAGAUCUAUGACGGCAAGAAGGUGGUCGGUCGUGUCGAGCUUAUCCCCGAAGACGAGCUUGAGAACAACCCUGAAGGACCCUUCGCAGGCAUGGAGAGCCUGGUCGUCACCAAGGAUGGCUUUGUUGAAGAUGAGGACGGUACCAUCGUGGGUAAAUUGAUUGAAGGCGAUGCCAAGAAGCUCCGCGGCCACUGUGUCGACGAGGAUGGCGAGAUUACCGACAAGUACGGCAACGGCAAGGUGGUUAACAAGAGUGGUAAGGUUGUUGACCCAGCCACCGGCGCUGUUGUCGGUCGCGUUGUCGAGGGUGACAAGCGCAUGGCUGGCCGCAAGGUUGAUGGUAAGGGCCAGAUCUGGGGCGACGACGGCAAGGUCAUCGGUCGUGCCGAGCUCAUCCCUGGAGCUGAGCAAGACAAGGCGGAAGGCCCAUUCUACGGCUGGGAUAAUGCCGAAGUUGGUAAGGAUGGUGUCGUUAUCUCCGGUGACCAAAUCAUCGGCCGUCUGAUCGAGGGCGAUGCCAAGCGUCUUCUUGGCCGCAAGGUCGAUGAGGAUGGUGAUGUUGUCGACAAGAACGGUAACACCAUUGGCAAGGCCGAGCGCUGGGAGCCCGAGGAAAAGAAACGCGACGUCAACCCUAUGUCAGGCCGCAAGGUCAACAAGGAGGGUGAAGUGCAUGAUGCCGAUGGCAACCUGAUUGGCAAGCUGACCUCCGGUAACCUGGCUACUCUGGUCGGCAAGACAAUUGACGACAACGGUUUUGUUGUCGACAACGACGGCAAUAAGCUUGGCGAAUGUACUCUCCUGGAGAACAUCUCCGACGAAGGUCCUACUGCCGAAGAGCAGGAGGCUCAGGCCAAGGCCGAGCAGGAUCGCCAACUGGCCGAGAAAAUGUGUCACAUCCUGCGCCAGACUCUUGACCAGGUCAAGCCCGUUUGCAAGCAAAUCACCGACCGCCUCGAGCAAGCAGACCGCACUCCCAAGGACGAGCUUGAUGAAGAGAAGCUGGUCAAGGACGUCAAGCCUCUGAUCGAAGAGGGCGGCCGCCUCCUGCAGGAGUGCAAUGGCUCCAUCCGUGCUCUCGAUCCUGAUGGUCGUAUCGCUGCUACCGCCAAGGCUCGCGCCUCGACACGCGAUGCGACACCCGAAGAAUACCAGCUGGCUGAUAUGAUCAAGGAGCUGACCGAGACCGUGGUGAAGACCAUAGACAACGGCAAGAAGCGCAUUGCCGACAUGCCUCAUGCCAAGAAGAAGCUGAACCCUUUGUGGGCUCUGCUCUCCGAGCCACUGUUCCAGAUCAUCGCUGCUGUUGGUCUCUUGCUGAACGGUGUGCUCACCUUGGUUGGCCGUCUGCUCGACGGUCUUGGCCUGGGUGGUCUCUUGAAUGGCAUCCUUGGUGGUCUUGGACUCGACAAGUUGAUCGACGGUCUGGGUCUGGGCAGCUUGACUGAUGCCUUGGGCUUGGGAGGCAAGAAGUAA